AUGUUAAUAUUAACGUACAGCGGUAAUCAUACUACAAAAGGUUUCUUCUAUGAAUGGAUAAAAUUUGCCCGAUGGUUACGUCGUUCUAAUGAUGAAUUUCGCGUACCAUUACGUUGCGGUACUGCUAGCGGUGUGAUUUUUUGGCCAGGAAAAGGUUUAGGAACGUUAAAUAUCGAGAAAAAAACUGCAACAUUUGUAUGUGCUGAGAAAAUUAUUUCACUAGCAGAAUCCGAACUGUAUGAUUGCCUUAUUCUUGUACGCAAUCUUCGUGAUAGGCCACCAAAUUGCCGCUGUGAGCAAUGCACAAAAAUAGAGGCGCUGGAAAAGGAAACACACUCAUCAAAUCAUUUAUUAAUGGUCAACGAAUGGGCCGAUUACUGCGUGGGCGAUACAUUUCCUAAAACGAAGCAUUUAAUCAAAGCAUUGAAUCGUCCACUGAACACAUUGAAUGGCCCAGAGGAACAAUAUGUUGCCUUGUGGUAUCAUUUUGGCCAAGCAAUAAUGGGUCGAGCAUGGAGUGAUGAAAAUGGGAAAAUUGCUGCUGCAUUUGUAAG